AUGCUUCCAAGUGACACCAUCUUCCAGAUCUUUCUCAUAUUCCAGUUUUGUCUUGGUGUCAUAGGGAACUCAUCACUGUUAAUGUUGUAUGUAUACACUUUCUUCUUCAAGCCUCAUUUAAAGAAGUUGAUAGAUUCAGUUUUUAUGCACCUGACAAUAGUUAAUAUGUCAACAAUCAUGUUCUCAUUGAUAAAAGAUAUCAUGUUUUCCUUUAGAGUACCCAAUUUUCUGGAUGAUAUUGGUUGUAAGGCAGUUUUGUUUUCAUUCAGAGUCAGCCGGGGUCUGUCCAUCUGCACCACCUCUGUUCUAAGCACGUUCCAAGUCAUCACCAUCACUCCCAGUAACUCUAAGUGGGCCUCCUGGCUUAAGCCAAGACUCUCUACAUGGAUUUUUUCUUCCUUACUUUGCUCCUGGCUGAUUAAUCUACUUAUCUACGGGUAUAUGCUUGAUUUGGUAAUAGCGAAAACAAAUAACAGUCACGUUGGCCGUGGAUAUUCACAUGGUUACUGUCAAAACAAGAAAUAUGGGAGCCAUGAUUCAGGAUGGUUUUUUAGCCUUAUCAUCACUCAUGAUCUCAUCUAUGUGGCUGUCAUGAUGUGGGCCAGCCUCUACAUGGUUAUUUUCCUAUACAGACACCGCAAGACAGCCCAGCAUCUCCACAGCCCAAACCUUUCCUCCCAGCCAUCUCCUGAGCGCAAAGCCACUCACAGCAUCCUGUUUCUGGUGAGCUGCUUUGUGUUAACUUAUUGGUUGAACAACUCCAUCACCCUUUAUGGCUUUUAUACAAAAGAAAAAAUUCCAAGAUUGGAGGCAAUUGAUACAAUUUUAACAACAAGCUACCCAACCAUCUGUCCUUUUUUACUCAUGAAGAAUAAUAAGGUUAUUUUGCAAUUCACCUCUUCAUUUUCUGUUUUGAGAAUGACCAGUUUUCAAAGUUCACUCCAUGGCUGA